GUCUUGACGAGGUUGUCAACUUCGCCAGCAGCGGCGGCUGCGAUGGAGUCCGACACGAAGGAUCCGCGGCAUGCAAAGACAGUUCGACGGCCAACGAGAGCACCUCAAGAGAACAUAGCGUGUGCAGUCACCCCACCGAGCACUCCACCGUCGCCAGGAUCAUCGUGGGUCGGCCCCACCACGCCAGUUGUCCCUCCAAACAUUGUGGACCGCUCGGUGCAAACCAGAAGUCAGUUCCGCGUGACAAUUGCAGCUGAUGCACAGGGUUCACCCAUUUCUGAGGUGCGAAGCAGUGGCUGGUCGAGCCCUCGCGCGCUGCCAUAUCGGCCACUCGGCAAACCCGACUUGAACAUGAAACUCUCUCCAAAUCUUCGUUCCGCCAACGUGCGCAACGAAAGCCAAACCAAAGGAGGAGGAUCUCCCAAGAGCAACGAACUCCGACUGGACGAGCCGACAACAUCAAACGGCAAGGGAAAGGAACCGACGAGUCCGACGUCGGCCUUGUCCAUGCCAUCGGAUGACACGGUCGCCAAAGCGGGACUAAAGCCGCACCUCCCUGCUUACUCACCGCCUGGCAUCAAGCACCUGCAAUGCCCGGUACGAGUCCAGGCCGAUCCGUCCUACGCUUUGCUGCAGCAGGCCAUCCGAGAUUGCACGGUUCGCGUGUGCGCUGUCAAGUACGGCGGCUGCGCGUUCUCGCAUGCGAUGAUUCCACAUGGGCCGUCAGACGUUGUCCGAGACCCGAUGGCACCAUCGCUGCCGUCGCCGGAGAAGCCUGUGUACCUCCCUUACACGACGAGAAAACCGCAGAGCUCUCCGCCCGUCGCGCCGCUCGCCACUCUCCACGACUUUAUGGUCGAAGCGGAAAUGAACGCGAAGCAAAAGAACGUGUCAACGAGCCCCAGCAACCGGUCCUUGCGAAUGUCCUCGCAAUGCAGCCCCUGCCACUUGCGCUCCCCGCCGCACUCGCCCCAUCGCUUGCACAAUCAGAUUCGGCUCCCCCUCCAUCCCGCGCCAGUGCUCCUGUCGUCGUCAGCAGAUGCGGUCGACGCGGCUGCCUCCCUCUCGGACGCUCGCGUCGCCUACGUGGACUCGCUCAGCAAGUCACUCGACAGCGUGCUGGCCCCCAUAACCUCGCAUCACCCCCAUCGCCUGAGCUCCUACACGCCGCUUCACCAGUCCAUGGUGCCCGAUUUACCUCUGUGCAACAGCAACAACUCGCCGCUAUCUUUCGUACAGUCCUCAUUGACCAGUCCCCCAACAGCAUCCGCACCCCCUGCUCACACGUCUCCAUGCCACGGCAUUGAGCGGCUUCAGAUCGUGAUCGACGCCCGGGAAGAGGCCAAGCAAAUUUUCUCGAGGGAUUUGCUCGCGAUCUUGCGGUCACUCGAUCAAGGGCGAUGGUCGUGUUUCUGCCUCAAGUACGCUGCCUUUCAACCCGACCGAGAUCUGCACAUGGCGCUCUUUCACAUGAACGACGUGUCCGAAUCCACGCGACGGCACAACAUGGAAGCUGCCGCCGCGAACGCAUCCACGUGGUUUACAGGUCUCCUGGCCAUUGUCGCCAAGUUUACGAGCCCCGCCGCCAGUUCUUCUUCUACUUCGUCGUCGGCGGCGCCCCCGCCUGCAUGCGCCUUUAUCCUCCAUACCAUUCGUCAGGUGGUCCAAAGUGGGCAUGAGCUCCACCGAGCCGUCCUGUACAGCAUUGUGCUAUGUUUGGAAGAUGCGGAACUCCAGCUCGAGUCUACGCAGGCGGUCCUGAAGUACUUGCGCGGUGUUGUCCAGGUGUCGCUGAGCGAGUGGGAAGCGUUCUUCUCCGGGGCCCAUUUGCAACUACCGCGAGAAGUGCUCGACCACCGCGCCCACGUCGAGCAUGCCGCACGAAAACGCAGCAAAAUCAACUUUUCCAAACUCAAACAAGUCAUUCGGACCAAGGGAAUGAUGGAGGCGCUGGUGAAGCCCCGCAUGCACUUAAUCCACCGCCAGAGUCUCGCACCCGUCGCAGGAGUCGUCCCACCCCCCUCCGUUGGAGCUAUCCCGCCGACCACCGUCCACCUCAAAACUAAACUAUAAAUCGAUUGUUGUUCCAA